AUGAAAUUAGACCAUGGUAUUAAUGAAGGUAAAUUUCAAUUUAUAACCGAUGAUGAAUAUUCUAUCGAAGCUGUACCUUAUUCACUUGAAAAUGUCGACCAUUUUUAUCCAUUUGAUUCGAAUGUGACUGGCAAUCGAAUUGAAUUAAUUAAUAAUAUGACAACGAUCAUAGAACGCGAAGAAAUAUAUGAACAAAUCAACUAUUCCAGUCGAUCACAAGCACUUGCUAUCGUUGGUGGUACAUUGGCCGGAUUAAUUUUCGGUACUCUACUACUUCCUGGUGUUUUUCGUAUGAUGAAGAAAAAAAGUCACGUAAAUAAUGCUAUCAACCAGUAUUAUAAGUGA